CUCUGGGAUUUCUCGCAUAAAAAGUCGAACCCUCUUCAGCCCCGACGCCUCCCUCCCCAACCCUUCUCCUUGUUAGUAACGUCCACGCCGUUGUCAUUUUUUUAAAGCUUGUUGGAGGACUGUCCAGCUUUAUAACGCUACUCUCGCCCUUCUUUCUCGCGACGCGUUCAACGCUGCCGCUUAGCAGCGCGUUUUGCACGCUUAUCCUAUACGCGUUUACGACAAACUCCAUUGGCGACCUUGUCGUCGUCGCUGCACCCUCGCGUUACCGUUCGUUGCCUUGACGAUAUGCUUGGCUCUGGCAGGCGCUGGGACGCCAAAGCCAACGCAAGUUUAAGAAAGGCAAAUACUUCCCGGUCUCAGAGUGGACACACGGACAAUUAUGCAGCUCAAGAUCAGCUUCAUCGCCAGUCGCUUUCCCCUCUUGCCAGUGGACAGCCAUCCAGGGCAUCUGUUGCACUAGGAACACGUCCGACGCACUUGGUUUCGCCUCCGCGGGAGACGACAGACAGUCAGUACCAUGUGCUGUCGACACCAUAUCAAGGUACUGGAAGCUGCGCUUCCACGUCAUCGCCUUGUGAUUCUGCUAUGAAAGAUCCAUCUGGUAUUGUCGCGACACAAGCUACAAUGCCUGAUACACCGGCUAGAAAUACUCGCUCCAAAUCCUGCAUCAAAGAACGGGACAUCCAUGAUUUGAUGUUAAGAGACGCACAGCAUACACGAAAAGGUGGUCCAAAGACUUCAAACAAAACAUCCACAAAGGACAAGGACAAGAGCAUUAUCGAUGAAGGCCAUAGCAAGCCUAUCAAUUCAACUGAGGCGAAUCAUGCACGCACUAGUCAAACCAUUAUCGCACCUACGACUACAGAGUGUGCAUAUAACGCUACAGAGACCGUUCACACACUCGCCACUACUGAGACCAGGACGGUAGAAGAGACUCCAGGCACCAAUUUAAGUCGCAUCCUUGGAGGCAUGGCCCUUGCCAGUGUCCAAAAGUCCGGCACGCACGCCGCACGCCCUGGCUCAGCUCCAGCCAGCAGACCGGCCGAGACGCCUCUAUCGCGUCGCAUCGGAAGCACUCGUCCUACUACACCCGGGGGACCAACGCCUCGUUCCUCCCUUGCCGAUGCGUUCGGCACCAUGGGACUCCGCACACCAGGCAGUUACACGGGAAAUUACCGCUUCACCCGGGACGCUGAUCGCACCCCCCACCGAAACCGUACACCCAUCUUGGAUGCAUCAAGCCCCUUCAACACUGGGAAUAUAACUCGCUCAGUGACCUCGGCAUCUAUGAAAAAGCUGUUUCCAUCUGAUCCUCGUCCUCGCACGGGGAGCGCUCCCAAAAAAUCGGGCAUGUUAUUCUCGGGCAAAUCCAUCCCGGAAAAGUUUGCUCCUUCGUUGCAGAGCGUGCCGAGCUCGGCAAGACGUAAACUGAUUGACGAGUUGAAGGCUUGUUCACCUGCGACAAGUAGUACACCAGUCUCGCCAUCCAGGCAACGACCCCCCAGACCCCCAACAUCAGCACUGGGCACACCCAGUUCGACAAUGACGGACAACCCAUUCCUCGUAGAAUCCCCCGGGGAUUCGUCCCCGUUUGUCCUUGAAGGCACUACAACUCCUGUCACACCCUCAAAUCACGGCAAAGAGAGAGCGGAGGUCGUGACACCUCCUGAUCAAAUACGAGACCCAUCGCUCACACCCAUUCCACCCACUCCCAUGGUCCCUAGGUCUUGUCACACUCCAGUAGAUGAUCACCUUCCAGAUUCUCCUACGAGCGUCGUGACGAGGUCCAUCAAAAAGCCUCGUGGAUGGAGAUCAGGGUCUCCCGCAAGGUGGCAUAACGACGAAAAGCAGCACACGGACGACGUGGAUAAAGGGAGUCAGCGAAUGUGGCCUAACACGAAGAGAGAUAUUCGCGGGUAUAAAACCGCUCCCUCAUCAUCCUCCGCAGCUUUUCCCAAAGGGAUCUUUGCGCCAGAGUCAAGUCCGACUCCAGGUCCGAAUGUGGAAUCCAAAUACUCUCCUGAUUCAAAAAGCCCAAGGUCCGGUGAAAAACGACAACAUGUCGAAGAGCCCGACCCAAAGACCACCAAAAUGGGCCGCCACGAUAUGCGACGGUACACGGAUGUUCCCAAACACCACGACUUUGACAUUUCCGACAGCAGUGAUGAAGACAGCGAUCAAGAGAUAUACAAUCAAUACAAUGGCAACGUGAAUGUCUUCAUGGUCACACACCUCCCCACUCCACAUCUGCCAGAAUGCUACGAGAGCGUAGACUUUUGGAAUAAAGAAAACAAGGAUGUUAUUUCACGGAUUUUCACACCCCUCGACCCGACUCGUACAGUUCUCGGGGAAUUGAGUCUGAACAGUUUUGCGGAAUACAACGUCCGGGAUUCUGAUGAACCUGUUACGGUCGAUUGCGAGUACGCGGAUAAACAAUCCAUUACGCCCAGCAGGAAAUUGUCUUCCCCUUCACCAACCGGGCGAACGGCGCUCACGUGUAAAUCACACUACAGAUAUUUGAGCAAAUCUCACGGUGUGUACUUGGUGGAGGAAAGGAGAGCAUCACUUCCUGUGGCGUUCGGGUCCAGCUCACCGAGGUUUGCUUACCCAUACUGCCCUCGUGAGCCGUCUCCACUGAAGCAGACACUGUCAAUAAGACGGGAGUUUGUCCGCCGCACGCCCUCAAAGUCUGAUCCAAUACCACCAGUUCCCGGAACGCCCAUAGACAGUGAUGAAUCAAGAAGCGGCAGUGCCUCAACCCUCCAAAAAUCGCCCAACAUAUCAGCAGGUACCAGCCUCAAACAUGUCAAUACCGAUAGUUCCCGUUCACCAAGCCCCAUUAAAAACCAUUCAAAACAUCCGAGGUCACCCACGCUCGACAUUGUGAAAAGGGCUCACACACCGACUCAGAGCCCGUAUCCCAAAAAGCAUCGUCCCAAUUCGCCCUCCCCCAUCAGAACUCCCCGACGCGCCGCUCGCGAUCCAUGGAAAUAAGAGCUGUUACUUCAUACACUGAAGGAUAUACACCGACAAGUGCAGAUAAAAAACGUUUUCUUAAACUGAACUACCUUAUAGAUCGCCAUGUGCGAAACAAUGAGGGGAGGCUAUAGUAGAAUCUUCCCCCUAUAUUUAAUGCUUUCUAUCCCUGCGUGUAAAUUGUUGCUUUGAAGAUGUUCUAUCCCCUCCCCACCCAGCUUCGAUAUUAAACUUGUAUAAAUUAACAACAGAAAUCAAUGGUAUGAAUGUGCAAAUUGCUUUCUCAUCACCGCCGAAAAGAACAAACGUUUGGGAGUGCGUCAGUAGAGACUUUUUGUGGAAUUAUCCGUACAUCGGAUCCCAAUCCUCUUCCUCGUCGUCUUCAAGUGGUGCCGUAGUAGCAGAAGCAGCCCGUUCUGCCUCUUUCUUUUUCC